AUGGGACGCGUUGCGGUCGAGCCGCACGCGCAAGCCAUUCUCGAUUUUCGGAUGGCAGAGAAUCCAGACAUAACGGCUGGAAUCAUCGAAAAUGAGCGAGCGCUUUAUGGUCCAUUUUUUGGAAGUCUUGGAGUCACCUCGGCCAUGGCAUUUGCUGCCGCUGGAUCUGCGUACGGUACAGCAAAAGCUGGUACCGGAAUCGCCUCAAUGGCCGUUGCUCGACCAGAUCUUGUCAUGAAAGCCAUUAUUCCGGUUGUCAUGGCUGGUAUCGUUGCUAUCUAUGGUCUCGUCGUCGCUGUCAUCGUCUCGGGAAAAGUUGAACCGGCUGGCGAGCAAUAUACGAUUAACUCGGGAUUUUCGCAGUUCGCGGGAGGCCUUGUUUGCGGAAUUUGCGGCCUUGGAGCCGGAUAUGCCAUCGGAAUUGCCGGAGACGCGGGAGUGAGGGCCCUCUCACAACAACCGCGCAUGUUCGUAGGAAUGAUUUUAAUCCUUAUUUUCGCUGAAGUCUUGGGAUUGUACGGUAUGAUUGUUGCACUCAUCCUCGGAGCCACAUAA